UGACCCGUGAGCUCUCUUUUUACAAAAUCUCUGCACGGACGUGACACGUGAGCAUGACAAAGCUGCCAUCUUUCCUCCUUCCAUUAUUGAGUUACAUUGUCUCAAGGGCGUUGCUAAACUAGUGGGAUCAGUGUUUUUGCUGGGAGUGAAUGGCUACUAUUCAUUCUGUUCAACAUGCAGUGAAGCUCUUCAACGCUGGUUUAUCUGGUGGAGGAGAACAUCUCAACCAGAGGCAAGAACAUGAGACGAAUCUCUGUCUCUGGAAUCAAGAGGUUGACAAGUUGAAAGAGAAAAUAAAGAGUGCUGAGAUGGCGAAGAUUGAGGCUUUGUUAGAGCUUGAUGAAGCUAAGAAAACGGUUGAGCAUCUCAAUCACAAGUUGAGAAAUGAUGAGAAAGGUUUAGCUUUGAGUAGUAUUAGUAGUAAUGUGAGAGAUGUGAGUUCAGAGCUAGGCAUUGCUAAGGAACUGCUUCAAAGAGUAGUAGCUGAAGAGGAGAGUCGUCAGGACUUAGAUGUGAGUAGUAGUAAUAAUGUGAUAGUUGUGACUUCAGAGCUAGGCUUUGCUAAGGAAUCACUUCACAGAGCAGCUGAAGAGGAGAGUGGACUGUGUAUGUUAAUUGAGUCUCUUAAACUCGAGCUUGAAAACGUUAAGGAAGAGCAUUCAGAGCUUAAGGAGAAAGAGCAAAGAGAAACAGAACAAGCCGUUGAGGAGCUGAAGAAGGAAGCUGAAGAUGCAAAGAGGGAGCUUUUGCAGUUAGAGGAAGAGCUAAAGAUCACUCUUAAAGAGGCUAAAGAAGCAAAAGCUGUAGAGGAAUGUCUAAACGUUCAAGAAAGUUGUGGUGGUGGUGGUGGUGGAUUAACUGAGACGGAAGCAUUGAGAGCAUGCAGAGAUGAAACGCUGAAGAAACUGGAGAUGAGCGAGAAGGAGAUUGAAGAUAUCAAAGCAGCAACACAAGAGGCGUUGAAGAAUGCAGAGAUGGCUGAGGAAGCUACAAUUGUGAUGGAUGCAGAGCUUAAAAGACGGCGUAAGGCAGCUAGUAGGAUGUGGGCUAAGUCGUUUCCCUCUGCAAAGGAAGUGGACAAGUCAAAAUCAAGAUCCAAAGAGACUUGUUUAGUCAAGUGUUAGAGAAAGAACCUGCUGGUCUCUUUUGAAAUUGUGACAAUCUGUAUAAACUAAACUCAUAAUUAAAAGAAAUAAGUGUGUCAGUUUGUUUAAACUUGAAGCUUUUAAUAAUGUGUGUUGUAAUAUGUAAACAAUUCAGUAUCAUCAUCUUAUAAACUAACCAUAUGUAAUUC